CCUCCGAAACCAGCGAGGACGGCUGCGCGUGCGUUUGAGCACUCGCGCGCGGCGACCCGUCUGUCUCCUUUAUUAUUAUUUUUUUUUUAAUGUAACCGGGUUUAUUGGGCUCACGGCGUAUUCUUGCGUUCAUUCUGCACUGGGACAAGACACCACUGCACCAUUGGACUACGGCAAGCGGGGUCUAGGAGUCCCGAGGAACAACGGCCUGCCGCUCUGCGCCGAGAUUCUCCGUGAGCCUCAGGUUUGGCGCGUCUACCGAUGCCCACGGUCGAAGUCCGUAGCCCAGGAUUCUCCAAGCCCGGUGCACAAAGAUGAACCGCAUGUCCAUCCCACUGGGAGCCCUGACGUGCCUGCUGUGGCUGCUGUGUGACGCAUCCGUCGGACUCAUCGACGUUAAGAUCCGGAAGGGCAAGUGCGUCCUGAACGGAACAGAAAUCGAGAACGGGAAGUCGGUCAACUUGGAGAAACCGUGCGAAUCACGCACAUGCGACGCCAAGGCGAAAACAGUCGAAAUUAUCGGGUGCGGGCCGAUCGUGGCGCCACCAAACUGCACGCUCGUCAACGGGACGGGCAUUUUUCCCAAGUGCUGCCGACACGCCGUCUGCAAGACUACCGGCAAGAAGCCGAUCAACAUCACCGCUUUGAUGUCGAACCUCACCAAGUGCUGAGCAUCCGACUAAUUCGACGACGACACGCGAACUGCAUAUAAGGCUUCUGUGUUCGAAAUAAACUGGACAGCACGAACAUAUCAUUAUCCAUAACGGGAGGCAGAAUUUACGAGAUACACGGAAGGGAGAGAGCGUUACACUUCGACAAAUAAAAUUGGGUUGCAUAAAAAG